AUGAGCUCAGACUACUCGUACGAUGAACAGGGCCAGUUCUUCCCGUUCUUCGUCCUCACAGUCACCGGCCUUGUGACCCUGCCAUUGACGUAUACGCUGUUGCGAAAAUCGACAGACGACGAGAGGCUCGCGCCGCGCAUCAAGACCGACUACAAACCUCAAGAUGGCGAUGCCGCCCAGAAACUACGCUCCGCCCACAAGAGGAGGCAAAGAAAGGUCACGAGGGCGCUGGUAACCCUGCUGGGUUGGGCGAUCAUGGGUGCCAUGGUAUACCUGAUUAUGACAACCGCGCGCACGUCGAGCAAGAUUUGGAACCCAUACGACAUCUUGGGCAUCGCAGACUCCGCUACGGAGAAGCAGAUCAAGUCGCACUACAAGCGCCUUUCGCUCAAGUUCCACCCCGACAAAGUGAGGCCCGAUGCUGCCAAGAACGAAACCAUUGAAACGCUCAACGAUUACUACGUCGAACUCACCAAGGCCUACCAAGCUCUCACGGAUGAGGAGGUGCGCAACAACUACAUUCAGUACGGCCACCCGGACGGCAAGCAGAGCUACAGCAUUGGAGUCGCCCUUCCCACUUGGAUUAUUUCAGACGGCAACGGCAAAUACGUUGUCUUGGUGUAUGCCAUGCUCCUCGGUGUUCUCCUCCCCUACUUGGUAGGCACGUGGUGGUACGGCACACUGCGCAAGUCCAAGGAGGGCGUCCUCAUGGAGAGUGCCAACCGCCUGUUCCGUGAAUAUCGCGAGGAGGCACAGCUUUCUGAUGUCAUCUACAGCCUGAGCUCGGGCAAGGAGUUCGAGACAGUGUUCGCUGGCGAUCAGGCAGACUCGGGCCUAUCGAGAAUAGAGUCUAGGAUCUCUGCCGACAGUGAUGCCACCAAGUCUCGAUUUGCUUGCGGCUUUAGUGCAAAGGACAAGCAAGCGCUUGAGGACCUGUCCGAGGGACCGAGGCGGAAGGCGCUGGCGCUUCUGUGGGCAUACCUAGGCCGCAUCCAGCUCGACGACGCUGCUCUGACAAAAGCCAAGUUCGAGGUUGCUCCUGUUGCUCGCGCAUUACGGGACGCCUUCUCGGCCAUUUCACUGGCCUACGGUAAUGUCAAGCCCAUCAUCGCAUCAUUCGAGGCCAAUCAGUACAUCGUCCAGGCUCUUGCACCCGGCGCCUCGCCGCUCUUGCAACUGCCGCAUAUGGACAACAAAAUCGCCUCUGCCAUCGAGGGCGACUCGCGAAGCCACCUUAGCGUUCAGCAAUUCCUGGGAUUGCCAGACGCGGAACGUAAGCGACGGGCGGUGGGCAAGGGUCUCUUGUCAGAGGACCAGUACAAGACUGUCCUUAAUGUAGGGAGCCAGCUUCCCCUAUUGCACCUCGAGAAAGCAUUCUUCAAGGUUACCGGAGAACGCUGCGUCCUCCCUAGCUCCUUGGUUAGUCUCGUUCUGAAGGGCCGUGUCAUUCCUCCGGGCACCCAAAAUGUGCCAGAGGUCAACGAACUGGACCUCGAGGAUGUUGACCCGGCCGAGGAUGAUCUCGACGCGAUCACCGGUCGCAAAACGACAGUCAAGGGCCCCGAUGGAAAGCCUAUCACGGUUGAGGAGAACAAGGUUCUGCCGCCGUUGACAUUUGCGCCAUACUACCCUCGCGACACUCCUCCGAAAUGGCACGCUUUCUUGAGCGACUCCAAGCAGGGAAAAAUGGCUGUGCCUCCAUUCACCUUUACACACUUUGACCAGCCGGCGUUUGACGAGCAGGGCAAGCCCACAUUUGCCGUGCAGACCCUGAAAGCCCAGUUCGCUGCGCCACCUCAGGCUGGCCAGUACACGUUUGUCUUGCAUCUGAUCUGCGACUCCUAUGUUGGUUUCGACACCCGUGUCGACAUUACCAUGCACGUGGAGGAUGCUGCCAAGGGUAAUAAGGUUUCCGACGACGACGAUAUCAGCGAACCGGAUGAGGAUUCCCUCGCUGGCCAGAUGCAGGCUCUCAAGGGCGGACAAGCGGCGCCCAAGCCUCGUAAGAAGAAGGCCGUUGACGACUCUGAGGAAGAAGACAGUGAUAGUGAGGAAGAGGAUGACGAUACCAGCGCAACCAACACGGAUACGGAGGACGAGUCGUAG